AUGUCUCAAUCUCUGCGGCCGUACCUCCAGUGCGUGCGUAGCAGCUUGACUGCUGCGCUGACGUUGUCCAACUUUGCCUCACAAACCGCGGAGCGUCACAAUGUCCCCGAGAUCGAGGCCCAGACAUCUCCUGAAGUCCUUCUGACCCCGUUAACGAUUGCGCGAAACGAAAACGAGCGGGUUUUUAUCGAGCCCAGCAUCAAUUCCAUCCGUAUUAGCAUCAAGAUCAAGCAGGCAGACGAGAUUGAGCACAUCCUGGUCCACAAGUUUACAAGAUUCUUGACACAGAGAGCCGAGUCCUUCUUCAUCCUACGAAGAAAGCCAAUCAAGGGAUACGACAUCUCCUUUUUAAUAACAAACUUCCACACGGACGAAAUGUUGAAGCACAAGUUGGUCGACUUUAUUAUACAAUUCAUGGAGGAUGUAGACAAGGAAAUUUCCGAAAUGAAGCUUUUCUUGAACGCCAGGGCGCGAUUUGUGGCAGAGUCUUUCUUGACACCGUUCGAUUAA